AUGUCAAUUACUGUUAAGAGUUUUAUUUCCCCAGAUCUCCAGGAUCCCGAAAGGUUAAAUGCUAUUAAGUCUUGGGCUUCCAGCAUUAAAAAUGCAAACGCGAUUGAUUGCGUUGUUAUCUUCGAUGUUUGGACAUCUUCAGAUGUUGAGCUUUUUAAGCAAGCGCUUGAGAACAUCUAUCCCGUUAGUGUGACCAUUCCAAUUCAGGCAUCGAUGUAUCUGUUUCAAAAAUGGUCGUAUGGGUCUGGAAUUUUGAUAUUUUUGCAAGAAAAGUGCAAGUUUGAUCAUAGACCUUUCAUAUGGGGUCCAGAAAAAGAUAUGCAAUAUUCUCGUUCGUUGGCAGUUCUUGAGAUUAAUUCUGUUAAAUUGGUUAUUUUCCAGUCUAUCCGAAAAUUUUCGAAUUCUCAGAAGCCUUCUAUCAUUGAUUGUUCAUCUAGAAUGCUUAUUGAUUUUGAGGCUGCAUCCAUAAUGACUAGUAUGGAGCUAAUGGGCAGGUCUGUUCUUAUUGCAAACCUACCUGGAAGCACGCUUCAAGAUGUGAAUUCCUGUCUUUCUUUAUGGCGUUUUUCUUCGAGAUUAAACCUGAACCCCUUCAUUGGUGAGAAAAGUGAUACCACUAUUUUUUAUCCAAAGAAAAACUACGAAGUAUCGAAAGGGAAUCAAGAUAAAGAUCCAUAUGUGAUUACAUUUUCUGGAAACACUAGUAGUUUUGAUGGCAAAAAUAGCUUUUUUGACACAGGCUACAAGGAUCCUAUUGUUCAAAAACAGAAUAUUGAUCUUUUUUCUCGAGAUGUGGAUAUUCUCAAUUCUAGGCUUGUUGAAAUGAAAUCGGAUGUCGGUUACAUUUUCAUUAAGAUCCUGGUUGCUUUUGCUGUCGCUUAUUUUCUGAAAUAUGUGUUUAUUAAGACUUUUAGCUAUUUUAGCCGUCACUUAAGACAGAAAACUGGUAUUUUUGCCCGGAACAAAGAUUUCUUAUUAAAUAGCUGUAAUUUCGUGGUUGAUUUUUUUCAAAACGCCUAUGUUCGAAAGAGUGCACUAAAAUUGUCCAACUUAUGGCUGGAAUAUGCAUUCGUUAGCGGUAUCAGAUCCGCUAUUGAAGGUGAAACUCUUCCUAGUUCCUUGGUUGCAAAAAUUUAUCAUUCAGGUUUAUUUAGCUUUGAACACAAAUCAUCUCAAUAUCUCACGUAUCCUUUCUUUGUUUAUGAUCUUUUUUCUGCCGCGCAAAUUUAUUGUCGGCCGCAAAAUUACUUUUCUGGGGUUUAUCGCGGUACUUGGGCUUUACCUGGCGAAUGCUAUUUUUGUGCAUAA